AAACCUCCAAAUUUCCCAAAUAUAUCAUUACCCUUGCGCGCUUCAUAUCAAUUUUCCAGCAAUAACACUAUUCUGCAAACCCUUUUCUAAGCGCAAACUCCCUUCUUAGGGCAAAAUCUCCUCUCAACAAAUCCUUUCUUCUCGCUCUCACAAACACUCUCAGCAAAUUCCCAUUUCUUUCUCGCGCAAAACAAUCAGUUUGUGUUACCCUUUCUCCUCUCUCGCAAGAACCCUCUCUUCUCUCUUGUUCGACCAUCUUUCUGAAUUAAAAAGAGAAAAACACAAUGUUUGGUGAAGGAAGCUUCUGAAUCCAUUACGGUUUUUGCAUGCUCAACCUCUGCAUUGAUUAGGGUUUUUGAAUCUUGCGAGACUUGCAAAACUUCUACCUCUUUGUGACUUGGUAAUUUUGGAAAAUGAACAAAGAGAAUGGUUUUCGGCUUGAUAUUCAAGCUAAGUCUAGCAAUGACUUAAUGCGGCAAUAUAGAGUCAAUUUAGAAAAUGCUCUAUAAAAGAAAGCAAUCAAAAGCUAGACCAAUCGAAGCAAUCAUUGUAAGCUGGGAAUUCAAUUCAAACACAACAUAAAAAGCCAAACCAAAAGGUAGUUGCAGUCCAACCAAUUCUUGAACCAUCUAAGAAAAUUGUUGACAAGAACAAAGGGGUUGGUCACAAUAAUAAUAUAAAGAGACAACUUUGGUCUACAAAGGCUCCUUAUCGUCAAGAAUUAAUAGAAUCCCAAGUCUCUAAGAAAACGGAUGAGCAAAACAAAACGCUUUCUCAAAAUAAUAAUCUUCAGAAGCAACAAAAGUCAACAAUGGCUACUCAAGGUUCAAUAGAAUCAAAAGUCUCUAAGAAAAUUGAAGAUAAAAAAUAAAGGAUUCCAUCAAAACAAUAACCCUAAGAGGCAUGUUAGCUCUACCAUGGGAAAUCAAGUUCAAGGAUCAAUGGUACAUCAACAAGCCUAUAAGAAGAAAAAAACUAUUCCAAAAUGUCCAGCUAUGUCACUUACCAAGUAUCUCAAUAAGAAUAAGGAACAACAUGGAGUAGAGGAUUCAGGAGAUGAAGAUAUAGAAGAAAAUGAAAUGGAGGAGGGUAUCAACUAUGAAAGUGAGGAAAGUGAGGGAACCAAUGGAUUAAUAAAAAAACGAGGAAAGACUAUAUGUCGGAAAAUUCAUUCACGAGAAUUCAAAGAUAGACAAGAGAUCAUCUUGAAUGAAGAAGGACAACCGAUUGGGCCUGAUGAAAAGACAGUUUCUGAAUUUAGUAGUUUUUUGGAGACAAUCGCAAGAAGUUCAGAUUUGUGUCCUCUGACUUUCAAUAAUUGGAAGGCUUUGAUUAGGACUUCGAAAGAUCUAAAUAUAGAUCCUGUGUGGGAUUAUCUAAAUCAAAAAUACAUCAUUCCAGAGAAAGGAAGGAAAGAUGUAUUUGCUAUUUUAAAUAAUGCUUGGAGAAGAUACAAAUGUUUUCUUAAAAAGGAGCAUUUUAGUAAGUACAAAACCACACGCGAGCAGUUAAAAAAUCGUCCUCAUGAGAUAUCAGAAGAAGACUUUAAGAACUUAUUGGAAUAUUGGAAAGAAGACCAUAGUCAAGAAAUUAGUCAUCAAAAUGCUCAAAAUAUAGCUCAGCUGAAAUACAGACACCGAAUGGGGAAUAAAGGCUUUGCAGUUAUAAGGGAAAAAUGGUAUUCUUUUUUUCAAACAUCAUGAAUGAUGGUGAUACCAAUGAUGAAUUUCAACAUUUGGAAGCACAAGAUGAAGAGAUAGAUGUUGAUACUUAAGUCUUCUUUGUGUAUUUUUUUUUUAUAGAUAAGGAAUUUUAUUUUUGUUAUUUUGAUUGUCUCCUUAUCUCUAGAAUAUAAAUUAGAGAAAUUGAAUCACUGCAAAUACAUCGUAUGAAUGAUCAAGAGUUACAACGCCU